UUCUGAUCUCCACAAUGAGCUGAGAGUGCGGCUUUAUCAUUUACCGAAGUUGGCUCAAAGCGAACGCACAUACCUCAUCCGCCAUGUCGGCCCCAAUCAAAAAUGCCAGUCAGAAUGUGACAUCGCCCGGCGAUAUGUUCACCCUGGAGAAUCCCGUCUUUUGCUGCUACCUUUUCUGGGCCACGGUCCUGGUGGUGAAGAUGCUCCUCAUGUCACUGCUUACGGCGAUUCAGCGUUUCCGGUAUAAGUUGCUGGCAUUCGUACCGCUGGCAUUGCGACGCAAGAUCUUUCCCAAUGAGGAGGAUCUGUUCUUUAAGAAUCUCGAAGUGCAAUUCGAUGAUCCGCAUGUGGAGCGUGUUAGAAGAGCCCAUCGCAAUGACAUGGAGAACAUUCUGCCGUACUUUAUAAUGUCCUUGAUCUACAUCAGUACCAAUCCGAGUGCCGUCAUAGCCUGCAAUCUAUUCCGAGUGGCCUCCGUGGCCAGGAUCAUUCACACUCUGGUCUACGCUGUUUAUCCUGUACCGCAGCCGUCGAGAAUCCUGGCAUUCGCAACCAUGUUGCUGAUCACUUUUUACAUGGCCGCGAUAGUUGCCCUGCGUACGCUUAGCUUUAUCUGAAUAAAUCACUAUCCCUAUUGGCUUAACCCUUAAA